AUGAAUGCAGCUGAUUUUGUUGACAUAGAUAAUGAUACACCCGCAUACAACGAAUGGUUUGAUCAGUGUGAACAACUUGUAUUAUGUGAGAUUAAAGGACAAGAUGAUGAUUACAAUGAUGAUGAUCAAAUAUUAACAGAAUCACCACCAAAAUUAACGGAAGCAAUGGAAAUGAUACGAAAACUUCAUUUACUAGCAAUAACACAACAACCACAAUUACAUCAAUUAAUUAAUUAA